CAAGAUGGAAAGCUCAGAUUCUAGUGAUAAAGGAAAUAUUGAUCAAUCAGAAGCACAACGUCAGAGUCAGCUAGAUCGGUUAGAUCGAGAAGAAGCUUUCUAUCAGUUUGUAAACAACCUGAGCGAAGAGGACUACAGACUUAUGAGAGAUAACAAUUUGCUGGGAACACCAGGUGAAAUUACUGAAGAAGAGUUGCUGAGAAGGCUACACCAAGUUAAAGAAGGUCCGCCACAGCAAAACAGUGAUGAGAAUAGAGGUGCAGAGUCCGCAGAAGAUGUUUCAAAUGGAGAUUCUAUAAUAGACUGGCUUAAUUCAGUCCGACAGACUGGAAAUACAACACGAAGUGGACAGCGAGGAAACCAGUCGUGGAGAGCGGUGAGCCGGACUAACCCAAAUAGUGGCGACUUCAGAUUCAGUUUGGAAAUAAAUGUCAACCGUAAUAAUGGGAACACAAAUCCAGAAACUGAGAAUGAGCCAUCUGUAGAGCCUUCCGGUGGGGAGGAUUUGGAAAACAGCCAAAGUGACUCUGAGAUUCCAAGGUCUGAAUCACCAUCUGUAAGGCAGCCUGGAUCAGAAAGGAGCACUUCGGAGGAGCUAACGACUGAGGAAGCUUCCCCUCCCAGAGGGCAGAGGAGAGCGAGAAGCAGAAGUCCCGAACAGCGGAGAACACGGGCUAGGACUGAUAGAAGCAGGUCACCUAUUAAUUCAGUGAGCGAGACUCCUCGCAGGUCUCAUCACAAUACAUCAUCUCAAACACUCGACCACUCCUCAGCGAACGAAGCUGAGGGAAGCUCUAGAACUAGGCAGCAUGUGACAGUAAGGCAGCAUGCAGUGGGGACUGAGGUGCCGAGUGAAAACGCAGUUCUGUUUUCAGCCCCCGAAACGAGACCGCCUGCUCCCCAAGCAGCAGGUUCUUCAGAAACUAAUGGUACCAGUGAGUCCGCAACUCCUGGGCAGAGGCCUCCUACCAUAGUACUUGACCUUCAGGUGAGAAGAGUUCGUCCAGGAGAAUAUCGGCAAAGAGACAGCAUAGCCAACAGAACUCGGUCCAGGUCCCAGACACCCAACAACACGGUCACUUACGAGAGCGAACGGGGAGGGUUUAGGCGCACGUUUUCGCGUUCGGAACGGGCUGGAGUGAGAACUUACGUCAGUACCAUUAGGAUUCCUAUCCGUAGGAUCUUAAACACAGGCUUGAGUGAGACCACAUCAGUUGCCAUUCAGACUAUGCUCAGGCAGAUAAUGACAGGCUUCGGGGAGCUGAGUUACUUUAUGUACAGUGAUAGUGAUGCAGAUCCUAGCGGCCCCACUCCGAAUCAGAACGUGGAUGCCUCUGAGCCCCAGAACGGGGGUGGUGGUACUUCAAGCAACGAAAGUCCAGACGUCAGCUCAGGGGAGGUAUACGAAGGUGGUAAUGAAGGCGGUUCGACAUCUGGUGCCAGGCGGGAAGGCCGGAAUACGAGGGGAUCGGUCACAUUUGAAGAAAGUGGUUCUCUACCAUUCCUUAGCCUAGCACAGUUUUUCCUACUAAACGAAGAUGACGAUGACCAACCAAGAGGACUCACCAAAGAACAAAUUGACAACCUAGCGAUGAGGAAUUUCGGCGAGAGCGACGCCCUGAAAACCUGUAGCGUGUGUAUUACGGAGUACACGGAAGGCAACAAGCUCCGUAAGCUGCCAUGUUCGCACGAGUACCACGUCCACUGCAUUGAUCGCUGGUUAUCAGAAAAUUCCACUUGUCCCAUUUGUCGCAGAGCAGUCCUAGCUUCUGGUAACAGAGAGAGCGUUGUCUAAAUGAGAUCUGAAUUUAUGGCCAAGCAGCUAGUGUGAUAGUGAUGGGCAAAGAAGUCACUUCCUUUAUGGCCACUUUUUGAGUGGUACCUCAAUGUAUAGUAAUGACUUGGAGUGAAUCUUCCCUCAUGAAAGCAUUUUCUCUGGAUUCAAGCCUUUAAAAUUGGAAAAUUUCUUUAAUUUAGGGUUUUCAAGAUCUAGUCAGUUUGGGUGUUAACUUUCACUUGUCCAAAGACAUCUACCUACUUAAAUUUAUUUUUUUUUUGCUUUGUGAAGAGUAUUAAGUUCUUCCUCCCCCCCAGCCUCUGCCAUCCCAGUCCAAUAAACAUUUUGACCUCAA